AUGAACUCUGUUUCGACCGAGGAAACCGAUCAUAAUAAAAUGUCAAAGAAAGGAAUAAGGAAGUUUUUGCACAACCUGCAACCAUCAAGCUCCAGCAAGGAAAGCUUGGUGGGUGCUGGCAGGACAUCGCAGGACAUAGCAAUCGACGAUAAAACCUCAAAACCUGAACAGACAUUCGUCAAGACGGAAGAACAUGCUAAAGAAACAUCAGCUUCUGUUGUUUCGUCGCUGUACGUACAAUUGUUAAAUGAAGAUCUCACUUCUGAAGCUGGCCCGAGUGAAAAAUAUUGGGAAGUGAUCUCUGAACGUCGAAGAAAAGCUUUAUUAGAAGCAUUGGAAGAACAUCAACGAUUACAAGCAUUAGCUAUGGCUUUAGAAGAAGAGAAUUUGUCUUUGGGGGUAUCGGUUGAUAACACUACUCAUAUUGUCAACAUACUUAAGGAAAUGAUGAAUGAGGAGACUUCUGAUGACAAUCAUGAGCCAUCUAAUGAACAGGAAGAUAGUGAUUUGAGUACACCCGAUAGUUCAAGUGUUAAACAUAUACAUAAGAAAAUGAAGAGGUCACCAGAUGAUACUUCAGAUAUCGACUAA